GGUCGGGGGGGAGAGAGAAGAAAGGGGGGGGUCUCGGAGGCCGGAGGACUCGGGUGAAGAUGGCGGCAGCCGAGGCCGCGAACUGCAUCAUGGAGAAUUUUGUAGCCACCUUGGCUAAUGGGAUGAGCCUCCAGCCGCCUCUUGAAGAAGUUUCCUGUGCUCAAGCAGAAAGCAGUGAGAAGCCCAAUGCUGAGGACAUGACAUCCAAAGACUACUACUUUGACUCCUAUGCCCACUUUGGCAUCCAUGAGGAGAUGCUCAAGGAUGAGGUGCGUACCCUUACAUACCGCAACUCUAUGUUUCACAAUCGGCACCUCUUCAAAGACAAGGUGGUGCUGGACGUGGGUUCAGGCACUGGCAUCCUCUGCAUGUUUGCAGCCAAGGCAGGGGCCCGUAAGGUCAUUGGGAUUGAGUGUUCCAGCAUAUCUGAUUAUGCCGUGAAGAUUGUGAAAGCCAACAAGUUGGACCACGUGGUGACCAUCGUCAAGGGCAAGGUGGAGGACGUGGAGCUGCCUGUGGAGAAAGUGGACAUCAUCAUCAGCGAGUGGAUGGGCUACUGCCUCUUCUACGAGUCCAUGCUCAACACCGUGCUGCAUGCCCGUGACAAGUGGCUGGCACCCGAUGGCCUCAUCUUCCCAGACCGGGCCACCCUUUAUGUGACAGCCAUUGAGGACCGACAGUAUAAAGACUACAAGAUCCACUGGUGGGAGAAUGUAUAUGGUUUUGAUAUGUCCUGCAUCAAAGACGUGGCCAUCAAAGAGCCCUUGGUGGAUGUGGUGGAUCCGAAGCAGCUGGUCACUAACGCCUGCCUCAUAAAGGAGGUGGACAUUUAUACAGUCAAGGUAGAGGACCUGACCUUCACCUCCCCCUUCUGCCUGCAAGUGAAGAGGAAUGACUACGUGCAUGCGUUGGUGGCCUACUUCAACAUUGAGUUCACCCGAUGCCACAAGAGGACCGGCUUUUCUACCAGUCCUGAGUCCCCAUACACACACUGGAAGCAGACUGUGUUCUACAUGGAGGACUACCUAACAGUGAAGACUGGCGAGGAGAUCUUUGGCACCAUUGGCAUGAGGCCCAACGCCAAAAACAAUCGCGACUUGGACUUCACCAUUGACCUGGACUUCAAGGGCCAGCUAUGUGAGCUCUCGUGCUCCACUGACUACCGGAUGCGCUGAGGAGGCGCCAGGCUGGCCUCCUGCAGAAAGGGGGCUUGGGAUGGGCUUUGGGGAUGGGAGGGUACAUCGUGACUGUGUUUUUCAUAACUUAUGUUUUUAUAUGGUUGCGUUUGCGCCAAUAAAUCCUCAGCUGACCGGUCCACUUCUUGCCCUGGGGACUGGGGUAACUGGGUAGCUUGUCACUUCCUGGAGAACUUCCAUUGUUCUUGGGGCUAGGAUUCCUGGCUACGCCCACUCUGGAUUCCCAUAACUUCCUUUUCACUGUCCUGGGCCCAGCCUUCAGCCUCCCUCCCUGCACUUGUGGUACCUGACUUCCUCCCUGUAGCUGAGGUUCAGGGCCGCCCUCAGCAGGAGAAUCUUGCCGUGGCUUCCAGUCAGCCACGUCUGCCUCUCCAGCCCAGAGCUUGUCCUCCCCUUCCUGUGCUGUUUCUAAGUGAGCUGGUUCACCCUCAUGUUCUCAGGAGUAUAGAGAUAGUAUCUUGACCCACUAGUGUUUCUGGAAGCUCGGUCACCCUGGGCUGGCAACAGGCAGGAAUUGAAUCUGGAUCCUAUGUGGCAAGGCCAAAUGGGGCUGGGUAACUAAAGCCAAAGCUCCUUAGCAGGCCUGGGCUCUAGGAUGCCCUGGGAAAGCAGUCUGGUCUGGCUCCCUGCCUGUGCCUACUGCUCACGCUAGGUUCCUGAGGCCUGCUAUUUCAAGCCCUGGAGCUCCUCUGGGUUUGACCCUCCCUCCAAGGGGUACUCUCCUAGGGGAAAGGUUCCCUAGGACCCCCACAGCGCCCCACCUGCAGCAAAGCGGCUUGGGUAGCACCUUUCUUGCUGGGUGACAGGUUUGUCUCUGUGCUGGGGUAGACCCAAGGGCCCACCAGAUCCAUUAUGGACAGUAUGAACGAACAUCCAGCGUGGAAUAAAGCCGGACUAACACGUG